UUUCGGACUUGUUUUACAAUCCAAUGAAUGGAUGAACUGGCAUUGACACUGCGUGCUUCCCAUCACCUAACACAACUUCUCGUGGUACAGGUGCCCCGACUGGCAUCAAUCUGCCAGUAGGGGGGGGGGGGCGACAACAGCGAUGUGUGUAAGUUAUGGGUACACUUUAAAUAUUUUUACAAAUUUUAACUGAGCUUGACAUUGUAAUUUUUUGUUGUUGUCGGGGAAAACCGGGAGAAACAGGAAGAAAGCCAUGCAGAACACGGGGAGAACAUAAACUCCACUCAGAAAGGUGCCCGAAUUGGGAACCUAACCCAGGUCCUUCGUGUUGUCCCGAGUAACAUGAAAAGAUGCUCUCGGUGGCCUUCGGUGCCAUCGUUCAGGGCGAGCCUGACCCGAUCAUGACCUCUCCUGCUCUUCCUCCUGACCCUGCGCUGGCAUCCGACCCUUUCCCUGGCACCGUCCGCAAGCCCGGCCGCGUCCACACAAAGCGGCUGUCGUGGGCGAGAGGGAGCGAGUCGUGGCGCGAUGGGUCGUCGCGCAAGCACAGCUACGAUGGCAAUGUUUCGGCGGAGGCUUCACCGGCUCAGAAUGGAGGCUACAGCAUCCACACGAGCGUGCACGAGUGGCUGGAUGACAGUGCGAAUUGUGAUGAGAGCAGCGCAGCAGAGACGAGUAACUUGUGCAACAGAGGAUCAAUAGGAUCAGAAGAUGACCUUUCACUUGGGGCUGAAGCCGGGAGCAUUCGGGAGUCUCUCGCCAACGGCGUUGACCCCUCAAGUGCUGGCGUGCGAUGUGGUGUGCCGGGCGCCGGGCACUCCACACCACCCAUGGCGCUGUUGUCGCCGACUCGGAACGUUCUGCUCGGUGGCGCCAACAUGGGCAGCAGCUUCAACUCGUGCCACUCGAUCCUCAGCGGCGGGUCCGUCUCCAACUUGUCUGACCUGCUGGAGCUGCGAGGCGACGACCCCGAGGGGCUGCUGCUGGAGCUGGGCUUCGGCGAGGAGGAGGAGGACGUGGCGGCGCGUGUGCCGCCACGCUUCUUCAGCGCGCCCUCGGCCGCCCGCGGAAUCGACCUGCGCCUCUUCCUGCGCGCACAGCUCCAGCGGAUGGACGAGGAGAGCCCUACGAUCGCCAGUCGUUUCCGACAGGUGGAGGUGCUGGCCAAGGUGACGGACACCUUCUCCUCCCUCUACUCGCACGUGCGAGUCCGCCGCGACCAGUCGCUCGCGGAGACUCCCAGCUCUCCCCGAUCCCCGCUUCUCGGCGGCGCCAACUCCGCGGCGUCGCGGGCCGCUCAAAACCUGCUGUGCCGCACGCGCUGGCAGAAGCGGAACGACGGCGGCGGCGUCGCGGCGGACGAGUCGGUCAACAGGGACGAUGGGACGACGGACGGAGGCGGCGGCGAAGCGGGGGGACCGGGGAGGCGCGGGGGACGGCUGAGGAAGCCGUCGCGGUUGGUGGAGAGCCCCCUGCGUCUGGAGCCACUGCUGGAGGAGGUUUCUGUCGGCGGAGGAGUCUCGCCCGUGCUCCCCGGAGCACCGGCGUUCAGCUUUGUGGGAUUCGCGGCGGCGGCGGCACCAACGCACAAUGACCCGGAGUCGGGAAUCAGCCUGACGCCCGAGGGCCCCGAGCCUGCGUGCACGCUCGCGAAUAGAGUCGCGGAGGCUACCGCCGAUGAUCCUUAUCCGGUAUUUGUUGACGAGGAAGACCAUCGAGAAAACGUGCCUCGUUCGAGUCCGGAAGCGGAGGACUUUAGCUUAGGCUCACCUGCUACGUCCGUUGAUGGUGUCGAUGCGGCGUGCGAUAACAAAAUCGCACUUGGCAAUUCGAACCCAAGCGGCAUUGCAAUGGAAUUAAAAUAUGCCCUGAAUUACAAUGACAACCCCGUUGGCGUUCUCCAGUCGCACGCCGUGUGUCCCUACGCAGACAAGGGAGUCGAUGAUCAGCGGGCGCAUGCAACUGUUGAGCAAGGUGGGGACAGUCGUGCAAGGAAGCAGACUGCAAAGGCUGCCUCCUCUCAGUCGGCUGAUGAACUGCGGCAGGAACCUUUGGACCCCAAAGAGGCUUUGUCUCAGCGGCCGCUGCCGUACAGGCAGAAUGUGGGGCGACGGCACGCAGCGAGCCCACGGCAAAUGCGCUCGUUAUCGUCGGAUGACAGCCAAGAUCUUUCGACGCCCUUCGAAGAUUGCGAUCACGGUGAAAUAAUCAUGGAUCGGGAGGACGGCGAGCGAGAGGCCUCACCGGAGCUGGUGGCUUGUGUAGCGCACAAGCCUGAUGGGCCACUGGAACAGUGUAGACGGCACCUGAUGGAAAACUUCCGCACCAACAGCCUGCAGUCGGACAGCAGCGGCUUCGUCGACGACUCGAGCGUCGACCUCAACCCAAAGAGGAACGCCGAGCUCUUCUGUACUUCCCACGUGGAGAUGGGCAGCAGCAUGGAGAGCUCGGACAGCUGCGUGACCGUGCGGUGGGUCGGUGCCAAGCAGGCCGAAGCUAUCACGCGCCUGAGCCCCGCAUCGCCAGACACGAGCGAGGCGAGUUUCCUCACGACCAUGUCCAACUGGGACGAGGAGUCGUGGGACGGGGAGAAGCAGGAAGAGGAGCUCUGGGAGGAGACGCGGGAAGGCGAAGCACGAGAGCAGGAGGCACGGCGUGGGGGGAUGAGGGAAAUCCAUAUGCGGGAGGAGGAGACGCAGAACGGCGAGACCCAAGAGGAUGAGAUGCAGGAAGGGGAGAUGCCGCACAGGGACGUGCAAGAACAAGAGACACGGGACGUGGUGACGUGGGAAGUGGAGUCCCGUCAGGAUGAAAUGCAGGACGGGGAGGUGCAGGAGGAAGAGAUAUGGGAAGAGGACAGCGCGGUAGCGUCACCAGGCCCAGACUACGCUAUCUCCACAUCCCUGUGCGAUUUGUCGGAGACGGAUGGAGCACAUUUAAACGGCGUCGACCGCGGCGACUUGCCGACGGCUUCAAGUCGGCGCAGUUUGUCACGGAGCGAGCAAAACCGAGCGGGCGUUGUCGACACCGUGUUUGAGAUUUACAUGAUCUUCGGCGAGGAGCCUCGAGAGGAACGCGGCUCACAAACGAAGUUCAAGCCUUUGGGAUCCUUGACUCCCAUCCCUAGGGACACGUAUGGAACGGAGUUUGAGUCAAGUGGCGAGCCACAGACGGAGCGCGAUUCCAGCAGAGUUUUAACAGAAGACCUCGUCAUUAAACCCAAGGACACGCUCGGAGGAGAACUCUCCCAAGAACCCGCAUCGAUUGGUGAGCGUUUAACAAAUUCACGUGACGUGCUUCAUAGCGAUGUGGGCAAAAAUAGCAUUCCGCUGGGGCGCAACGGUGACCUGUUAGUGAGCGGCUAUGUUCCUCUGAUCGAUGUGGGUGACCCUGCCAGGGGGAGGUCAUGCCUGCAGCGACCAAGCGUCGUUGAUUUACGAGCAACUCGAAGUGUUUCCGAGGGGCCUGAAUUGCGAGUGCAGGAAGAGGCGCAUUUCGGAGCAUCUGAGGUGUCCACGGCAGUGGACUGCGAGUACAUCUGGUCACCCAAAGACGCGACGUGUCAUGGGCAAGGCGCGCUGGGAGCCAGGCACGCAAGUGUUCGCGAAUCUCGAGUCCGAUCGACACUCCAAUCGGAAUUUGGAGGAGGCUUUUGAUGAGGAAAUCCAAGAGGGUUUGGAACAAGAAGAAUCAUUAAGUGAUUCGGAACAAAGCUCUGUACUGGAUGGCUCUGAUGCUGCAGGAGAAGCUGAAGGGAAGGUGCAGAUUUCGGGCUCACAAGACGACCACGGGAUGAUUGCCAGGCCUGGAACUUGGAAUCGAAAUUUGACUUCUCACAAAAUGGCCUCAUUCGUGCCAUCCUCUCGCUUGAUAUGCAGCGGCGUGCCUUACGUACCACCCUCGGUCGCUCGGAAGAUACAGACGUCUCUGCACCGCAUUUCUGUGAGGGACCGCGGGCAGCAGGGUGAUGCUGGAGAAGCAGAGACGCCGCAAAACAUGACCUCGCCACUGAAGGCAACGUCACCUCCUGCCACGAGAGCUCAGCAGGGAGCAUCCCCACCGUGCCCAGGUUUGUCGAUGCCCCGUGGCCUCUUCUCGAGUGAGAGACCCUCCCCAGAGCCCGGUAAACCUACGGUAAAGCGGGUUGAGUCUCCUCGCGUCGUAUCGGCGACACUCAUAAUGAACGACACGGACGACCACGCGGCACGCCUUCCCCGUCGCGUCCAGUUUGCACCCAGCAGCUCUCCCGCAUCUCGCAAAGAAAAUAAAUGUCCUCAGAGGAACGAGCAAAGCACGACGAGGAAAAUCGAAAGGAACUCUGAUAGAGGUGAUGGCGCUGACGGCGGCGGUAGAAUGGACGACCGUGCGAAAACGUGUCGGACAGAACUGUUCGUGCCUUUACGAAGAGAGCGGCACAAAUUCUGGGACGGCAGUGUUCAGCCCUCGCGACUCCACUCGAGAUGCGGCGAAGACAACGACGUCUUCGCAGGCCACCAUCGCUCGUGCACGGGCAAUUCCUCAAGUGUUCACCCUUGGCACCUUGUCAGCCAGCCCUGCUGUCCCGAGUACCAUCACGCUCGCCACCACCACCACCGUCGCCAGAGUGUGCCGUUGUGUGACGAGUGCGGCGCCGCUCAGGUUCUUUCUGCGAGGUCGCCGUGCUCACUUGCCGUGUGCGCCAGCGUCGUUCCCUGGCACGCGGCGCCAUGCUCCCCGUGGGCACCGUGUGGGCACGGCGCGUCUUGUGCACGGGCGCUGGAGGCCCGACUUAUGGAGGUUCUGUGCGGGAUCCAGCUCGCCGUGAGGAGCGUCACGGCCUCGCUGAUCGGCGGAGCAGACGCGGGUCAUGUGGCAGAAACCUCUAAAGAAUUUCAAGAGCGGCGGCUCCGGACUGAGUGUGCCCUGCACGAGAUGGACUCGGUGCAGAGAGACCUGUUGCGCUUCGAGCGAGAGAUGAGUGAGCUGGAGCAGCAGACGGCAGUGCAGCCAGCGGUGA